AUGGAUCGCCGAACCUACGAAAGUCCCAUGGAAUGGGAAUAUCAGGACCGAGGUCCCCUAGAUGCAACCAGUCCAUUUUCCCACGUUGCGAGAAGUAGCAAUCAGAAUAGUGAGCUCACACCCCAGUCACGAUAUCCCAACCAUCUCUUCAACUCGCCCAACAAAUUUGCCACAAGCUCCAAGCCGAACCCAUUCUCCAGCCCAUCCAAGCCGAACCUCUUUGCGAACACCCCAUCUAAGCCGCUUCCAGCUUUACCACAGACGUCUCUCUUCUCGCCUCGAAUACAAAGUAGCAACACCGCGCCGCCAUUCCGAAACCCUGCCUUCACUACCCCGCGCAAACCGUUCGACGAGAGCGCCUUUUCGGAAGCUUCAGGCGCAGAGACUAGCCCCGCCUUGACGGAAAAUUCGGAAUUUCCAGACGACACGCCCGACGUCGAUCGAUUCGGCGACAUGAACAUGGGCACCAUCACUCCGUCCAAGAUCAACAAGAACCUUCGCUACGGUAAGGCUGGCCUUCAGUCAUUGAAGCGCCAUGUGCCCGGUAAGGGCGAGAUCCCCCGAAGUGGACGAGACUACCCCGCUAUAAGGAAGCGGAAGCGACACAACAUGGACAGGGACGUCGGCAGCGUCCGGUUCCACGGAUCACAGGAUUGGGAUGAGUCGGAGGAGGACUCAGACGACAGUGGAUCCCGCUCGGCAGGUGCGCGUGGUGGGAAGGGCAGCAGAAAGACGAAGAAAAACCGCAGCUGGAUCAGCAAUCUCUUCCACACAUUGGAGGAACACCCAAAUGCGCCCGAGAAUCUCUACCGCUGGAUUCAACUUCUGAUCAACUGCGCCAUUGUAUCGGGCUUUGUGUUCGUCUGUUGGACCAUGUUCGACUCUGUGAGGUCGGAUAUUCGAAACGCCAACGAUGCAGCUCGAUUGGACAUCGAGAACAGGAUCACUCAGUGCCGGACGGAAUACACUCUGAAUGAGUGCAUCAAAAAGGACCGUCCUGCUCUGAAGGCCAUGUGCGAUGAGUGGGCUGAGUGUAUGAUUCAGGACUCAUCAGCCAUCAUGAGAGUUAGGGUCACGGUUAAGCAAAUCGCCGAAAUUCUCAACGAAUUUGCUGGUGCCAUGCAGAUGAAGGCUUGGUCACAGCUCUUCUUCUUUGGCGUGGUCUUCCUCAGCAUCAUUGCCAACAAUCUUGCUCUGGGUCGCAUGGCGAAUAAUGCCGGCCCAUCCCGCCCUACGCCAUCACAUCGCGCUUCGUCUGGCAUGGCUCCCGAGCCAUCAGUGAUACCAGAACCCUCUCAGGCGUACAUGUGGGUUCCCGUCCAGACGCCAUCGCACCGCCGACACCUGCAGUAUGACAACGAUGACACCGAUACCGACGGUGCAUCGCCGCCAAAGAUGAAGGCGAUCAUGCCGCCUCAGACUCCUUCAGGGCGCCGUAGCCCAAGCAAGGGUGAUCGCGAUCGCCUGCGAAGCCCCACGAAAUACGGACGAGCCCUGAGCCCCGUCAAGGGCUACUGA